AUGCUCUUCGGCGCGGUGUUCGCGAAGAAGUCGUGCGUGGUGGCUUCGGAGAGUUUCGUCUGCGUCGAAAACGGCGCGUCCUGGACGCUGGAUCUCACGAACGCGGGAUUCGCGCACGACGAGUGUCGGGAAGUGUGCUUUUUCAUGCCUUCGCAGCGGCUGCUCGAUGAUAAUAGCGCGCUGUGCAUGUACAUAAAAGCCGGAGACGCGCCUUGGGAGUACUGCGGAUGCGUGGCCAACGCUAAACCGAGCGACGUGUUCACGCUGCGUUGGCCGGUGGACGAAGCCACCGGGCGGGCGCAUCCAACCGCCGCGGUCGGCGUGAGCGUCGAACCGCUGGCGUCGGCGUUAGAAAAGGAAGCGGCGCUGGUUCAACACAAAGAAACAUUCGCGAAACGCGUGGCGGAGGAUUUGUUUCGGUUCAUGCAGAGCUUUCAAUGCGAAGGCAGCUCGAACGACCGAAUGGUCGUUCCCGUGAACAUCCUCACGCGUUGGUUUGAUAAAUUCCAAAACCGGUUCCGUCGCGAUCCGAACUUUUUAGAUAGAUCUCGAUUAGACAUCGCGUGA